ACAGCUGUCAGAGCUUUCACGCAACCACCUACUGAGCAACAAGGUUUUAGCUAUGUCUAUUAUCCUUCUAAAUCAAGACUCAGCAGAAAAACACAGAGACAGCACCUAAAGACAUUAGGUGUAACCAACGGACGUGUGUUGGAUAUCCAUUAUCCUUCACGUAACGUAGUUGCCCUUUUAGUUCACAACGACUACCGUCAACAACUGAUUGGCACGUUAAAACAAUCCAAAGUAGAUCCCUUGAACGAUUUCUCACCAUUGGACCCCAGCAUUCUAACCAAUGUUGAAUACAACACCAUGUCUGUUGAAGAAAAAACAAAAAUUGCAGCAGACAAACACAACCAAAGACUUGUUCGUGCGCUUCCUUUCAUCAGGGAUCAUAUCUCAAAAGCUGUAGCAGCAUUCUUCCGCAAGGAGAACCUCAUC